AUGUGUCGUGUUUUGUUGUGGGCGUUCAAGUAUAGUUUGGCAAUUGAGAUCAGAGAUGCCAUUGACUGUAACGACGCAUGUCAUCAUUUUGGGAAAUGCACUUUUCAAGAGAAUAUGUUCGAUCCUAUAUUCAUAGCAGCUAAUAUGAGAUAUCACUACAUGUAUUUUGUUAUAACCACACCUAUGGGGAUUCUAACUGAGAGAAUAUUUGCAACGAUUCUCGUAAAAGAUUACGAGAAAAAGAGUCGUCGUUGGAUUUUCUGUUUGAUAUUUUUGGCUCAGAACUUGUUUGCUUGCACGAUGUCAGUGGUCACAACAACGAAAGGAAUCACUUUUCAAGUUCUUAUUUCCGCUGUUAUUAUAUCCUUGUUCUCUUCUGGAGUGAUCUAUGCACUGGUGGAGUACUUCAACCAGCAACGUCUUUUGUUAUUAGAAAGAGAACAUCGAACUACAAACUACACGUUGAGUAUUCGUUACCAACUGAAAGAGAAUCUGAAAACUUUAAAACUCAUGCGCCGUUUCUUCAUUUCAAUCAUCGCUAUUAUUAUUGCUAUGGGCCUUGCCAAUUCACUUCCAGUGAUCCUGAAUUUGGAAGAAGACGUAAUAAUGACUAUUCGAGUCUACAUGGAUUAUAUCUUUCACUCCAACCCAGUUUUCCUUGUACCAACGGCUAUCUUUACAAUUGAAAGUUAUCGAAAGUUUGCGUUCAACAAAGCCCGAACUACAUUUGGAAUGAGAGUGGAGAGCCAUAAAGUGGACAUCCGCAAACUUCGGCCAGAAGUGGAAAGAGAGACCGACACGUACUUCGCUAUCUUCGAAAGGCAGCUUGAAGGUGACGGUGCUUGUCGCGGAAAAAUGAGAAGCGGAUCUGUGAGAAAGCCAAAAAUUAACACGAAAUACUGA